AUGGCCCUGCGUACAUCUGCCGAGGAGGCUGAGGACGCUGCGGCCGGCUUCAGCGCCUUUCGUGCCCCUCUUCCCGAACACUCUACGGAGAUCACCAGCUAUAUUGCUGACCUGUACUCAAUCAGCGCCUCGCUUACUAGCUUAGACGACUUGUCCAAGGAUGCCCGGAUCGCACGCAAUUGGUCACGCAUCCAGGCCGACCUGGAAUUAGUACAGAAAAGCCUCAAGUACACCAUCAGCGAUAUCUUUGAUCAUUUCGGCCGGCUGGACGGCGGGAAGGUCUCCCCAGACAUUUACAAGCGGACAUGGGGGUCCAUGAAUCGGUUCUUCUGGGAUGAGUCACAGUACUCUCUCACAACUCGCUUCGCCAAAUACAAAGCCCUCCUCCGCGAACUGAACGAUAUGCUUAAAGACAGCUCGUCCGAUACCGCAGUACUGCUCGGCUAUCGUCACGGAAUCAAGACUUUGCUGGUGAUCCAAGAAGAUCGCGCAGAGCGAUCAGAGCGCAGGAGAUUACGCCGCCAACCAUCCACCGAUGUGAUCGUUGAGGCUCCUCGUCCCCCCCACCGAGACUCACCGACGUCAACGGUCCAACACUGGAUCAAAGAAGUGUUUUCCAGUUACGAAACGGAGACCGCAAUCCCGGAAGCGGACCACAAAGCAGGAUGUUAUGAUGACUAUCAGGUUGACAAGCGGACACUCAAGGAGGACGGCUUUGAGCAGGUACUUCAAUUAGCCUUCAACGACAGGUCGCAGAUUACUGUCUACUACUUUAUCCGACAAUCCGACCAUCGAACUCGCAUUGUUUGCAAAGUGCCCCAUCGCUCUCGACCAAGCGAGUCUUUCUGCUUUCCGCUGAAUCUGCUAGAGAUCGCUCGCUCGGGUUCCAGUCUGCAUCUGUGCCGGCGACGAAAUGGAGGCUCUGAACUCGUGAUCUGGGCCACCCUGAACUUCAUGACCAUUGAAAGUUUGGUAGCAUUCUAUUGCACGUUCUUGGCUCUUCGCGCGCAAGACACCGCCCGCGACGUGAAGGAUAUUCGAGACUACGAGAUGGAAGAGGAAGAGGAGCUUUUCGGCGGUCAAAUUGACGACGAUGGAUACCUCCACGCCCUGCGCGUCUAUCAAGACAUUCCGUCCAAGUCUAUCCGGCUCCAGGCAUCCAUCCACAAUGGGCCCAAGCAACGAACGCCUGUCUGGACAGCCUUCAUCACUCAUCACCUUCACCGUCGGGGCUGGUUGAAACUGGUCGACUCGCGAACCGUAGUUGUCCGCAGGAUGGAGCCGUUUGUAUUCAUGUCCGAGGACAGGUAUCGUCCACCCAAGACGUCGCGUGGAGAGCACAUACUCAAGUUCAGAUAUGCGAGCGAUGCUGAGGGCUUCCUGGACACCAUCGAAGACAUCGCCGAUGCGCUACCUUGA